UUGGAUAGAUUCGGCACUUUUCCCAACCUGUCAUAACAGUAAAAAAUAAGAUUGUUCCUUUCAUUUUAGUUUUUAUUUCCACUUAUUUUGACCUGUAGAAGAUAAAACGCGCUUAUUAUUCAUCAGUGCUAACGGAUUCAUAUGGCUUCGUUCGAUCCAUUCUUGAAAUCUUCUUUAAAGAAGUACAAACACCCAGAUGUUACUAAGACAGAUGUUUUGACUGCGCUAACAGCAUUUGGAGACUUGAGACCAAAAUUUGAGGACUUUGUGUUUAACGAUGGCAUUACUAGGCAGCUUGUGCAACUGGAUGGAACCAUACCUGUCACCUACAAAGGCAAUGUGUACAACAUCCCUAUCUGUAUCUAUCUAAUGGACACACACCCAUACAAUCCUCCGAUUGUGUUUGUAAAACCCACAUCUACAAUGCAGAUUAAGUCCGGCAGAAAUGUUGACCAGAAUGGGAAAAUAGACUUGCCAUAUCUGCGGGAAUGGAAAUACCCCAACUCAGACCUACUGGGGAUGAUCCAGAUCCUCGUGAUCGUGUUUGGGGAGGAGCCUCCCGUUUAUUCCCGCUCCCAGGCAACCAAUCAACCACCACCCCUUCGAUACCCCUCCCAGGGGACCCCCUAUCCCCCAGCUGGAGGAUAUGGUAUGCCGAUGCCAAGUGUGGGUGGUGCCCAGAACCCUCCCUACCCCGCAGGAAGCUCCUACCCUGGGCAAUACCCAGCCCCUACAUCCAACUACAAUACACAAUAUCCAGCUUACAACCAAGCCCAGACAAGCAGCUACCCUGGUUACCCGGCAACCAAUUUAGGUGGUUACCCAACAUCUACUGCUGCCGGAAGCUACCCAGACAACACCCCAUACCCUAAUCCAUAUCCACCAACACAUGCCACUACUGCUUCAACGUUCAGUGGUAACAGCACCGUAACAGAGGAACACAUCAAGGCCUCUCUGCUGUCCGCUGUGGAAGACAAGAUGAAAAGAAGACUGAGGGAGACAUUCGCCCAGGCCCAGGCUGAGAUGGAUGUGCUAUAUAAGACACAGGCUGACCUGCUCAAGGGCAAACAGAAACUAGAACAAAUGAUGCAAGAUCUUGAAAAGGAAAAGACUGACCUACAAUCACACAUGCAGUUGUUGCGCUCCAAGGAGGGGGAGGUGAAGGAGGCGGUGUCACGGAUGAAAAACCAGGAGCAGCUGAGCAUUGAUGAUGCUGUUGAUACCACUGCACCACUGUACAGACAGUUAUUGAAGUCAUUCGCAGAGGAGCAGGCUAUAGAAGAUGCCAUAUAUUACCUGGGAGAGGCAUUGCGGAAGAAUGUUAUUGAGUUGGACGUCUUUCUCAAGAAUGUGCGAGAGCUGUCAAGGAAGCAGUUCAUGUUGCGUGCAUUGAUCCAGAAGUGUAGGGAGAAGGCAGGCCUGCCUCCAAUAGCCUAACUGUGUCACAACUUAGCUUAGCUCUGAGAAAACUGGGCUGAAUGCAUGUGCGUAACAUGAUGCCCCAGAUUAGCCUGUGCAGUCUACACAGGCUAAUCAGAGAUGACACUUAACGCCUAUACUGGAAUUGUUUUUAGAAGGGACUUCAUUUCUAUGAAAAAUCUUGGGCGACACUUUCAGCACUGGCAUUAAGCCCAGUUUUCCCAAAAGGAGGUACUCUACACUGUUGUGUGUUGCCAGUCAUUUGUGCUGAACUUGUCAUCUGGAAGCUCCGUAUGGGAAAUAUGUUGCUUUCUUAAAUUCCUUUCUCAUUCAUAAGUAAAGAAAAAGAAAAAAAUGAUGUCAUAUUUGAACUAGAAAUAUUUAUUUUUUUUAGUUGUUUUUA